UUGAAAUAUGAGAGGAAUCACUUUUAACACCCCCGCCUCCCCAAAAAAAAGGUUCCUUUUUGCCGCUUACUAACUAAAGAAAACACGCGCUAGGCCGGUAGAAGCAAAUCAGCAACACUUGUUGAACCUUAGCACUUCUUUCUCUCUCCUCUUUUUCAUAAAUUUGUAAAAAAUAAAAAUGGGGUCAAUACUCAGUUUAAUCAACAACAAUACCAGCAGCAGCAAAGCUGACACUGAUAUGGCGUUGGACAAGGUCAAACAGCUUGUUGCUUCCACCCCUGUCAUCAUCUUCAGUAAAACAACCUGUGGAUUCUGCAAUAGGGUCAAGGAGCUGCUCAAACAGCUCGGUGCAUCUUUCCAGGUCAUGGAAUUGGACCAGGAAUCGGAUGGAAAUGCUAUUCAAGCAGCACUUCAGGAGUGGACUGGACAGAGAACUGUACCAAAUGUCUUCAUAGGAAGAGAGCACAUAGGUGGCUGUGAUGCUGUGAUGGAAAAACACUCAAAAAGUCAGCUUGUGCCCUUGCUUGUCAGUGCUAAGGCAAUUGCUGCAGAGGAAACUGCUUAAGCAUUUUGUACAGUAAAAGAUCCACGGAAGAAUCGGAAGACAAAUAUGCUGUAUUUUAAGCUUUGUAAUCUAUGUAAGGGUGUGGUAAAACAGUCUGAAAUUUCUGUUUAAAAUGUUCUCCAGUGACAUCAGAGUUGUUGGGCUUGUAACUUGUACAAGUAUGAACAAGUUUCGUCAGAGUUCUAUAUUCAGAAUAAAUGGUUUGAUUUGGCGUAACA